GUUUCAAAUUCCAUGAAACAGAUUAUUGUCCAGUUUGGCCCUCAGGCCGUCUCAGGCCCUCGGCUUAGAUUUUAGAGGCUUGUUAGCCUUUAGACCCUUCGGAGUCCUUCAGACACCUUUUCCGCCACUACAGUUUCAUAAAGUCAAGCACGACUCGUAUCUCAAUGCGCUCUGCACCGCAGAAGCUCUAUUCAUGUACUGCUUUGAUCGGCGAUAUCCGGCACGCAAACUCGUAAGCGCCCGUAAUCAGCGGCGAAAUUCCCUUUCAAGAAAGAUAUAAAAAGGUCGUUGAUGGGCCUUUUGUUCCGCGUGCCUCUGGUUCAGGAACUUAUAAGUCUGGUUCAGCUAUCCGUCGGGCAGGCCCUCUCCCAUUCACUCCCUUCCUUCACAGUAAACUAGUGUCCCAUCGUCUUUAGGCCGGUCCUACUCAUUAUCGCUCUCCCUCGUUAUAUCAAUCUGCUAUAUUUUUUCACUCCUUCAACAAGCUCAGAAUAACGAAGAUGAUGUUUUCCAACGAGUUCUCCCUCUUCUUUGCUCUCGUCGCAUGCAUUAUUAGUUGGAUCCAACCCGUUCACGGACAGACCAUCAGUGGAAUUGUUACUUCUUCUGAUCAGAGUCAGCUUCUUGAAGCCAUCACCGACGCUCCUUCUUUCGCCUCUGGAAGUGGCUCGGCUGAUAUUGCCAUUGACGAGACAACGGUUUAUCAGCAGAUGGUUGGUUUCGGUGGUUCUAUGACUGAUUCGGCCGCUCUGGCAAUGAACAACCUCAAGAACGCCGAUCCCGCUGCGUACAACAAGCUCCUGAAGGACUCUUUCACUACUGAAGGCGCUGCAUUGAACUAUCUGCGUGUUCCAAUCGGUGCUUCCGACUUUUCCUCUUCCUCGUACAGCCUAGACGACACUAGUGGAGAUACGUCCUUCACGUCCUUCAACAUCUCCAGCGCUCCGGCGUAUCUUUUCUCGACGCUUGCAGACAUUUAUGCUGUUAAUCCGAACGUGAAGAUCCAUAUACUUCCUUGGUCCCCACCAGCAUGGAUGAAGGACGGCAACACUAUGAAUGGAGGGUCGCUCAAAAGUGAUAUGGUCAGCUCCUAUCCGACAUAUCUUUUGAAAGCAGUGCAAGGAUUCAAAGCCAAGAAUCUACCUAUCGCCGCGGUAUCGAUCCAGAACGAACCUCAGAAUAGCAACCCUACCUACCCCAGCUGCACUAUCGAUGCCUCUACACAAGCGACGCUUGCCAAAUCUCUACGCAGCUUGCUCAAUAGCAACAGCCUCACCGACAUCAAGAUCAUCGGCUACGAGCACAACUGGGAUGACACGAGCUCGUACACUAUCCCCAUGGUCGAUGAUGCCCCGAACGCAUUCGAAGGGGUAGCUUUCCAUUGUUAUGGAGGACAAGUAUCUGAGACGGCGGCGUUCAGCGCUCAAUUUCCCAACAUCCCGAUGUAUCAGACCGAAUGCGCCGGCACAACAGGCUCAGAUUGGUGGACCGAUGUCCAGUGGUAUGUAAACAACCUAUGGUCUGCGAACAAUACUGCGACGGGCAUGAUGUGGAUCUUCGCCUCCGCCGAUAAUGGGAAAUCUCCUUAUCCUGGUUCCAACAGCUGUGGAGACGGUUGCCGUGGGAUGUCUACCGUUACAACAAGUACAGUAACCUUCAAUCAGGAGUAUUAUUCCAUGGCACACUUCGCCCGGGCCUUCACAUCCGACGACGGAAGCACUUUGGGCAAACGGAUUCAGGCUUCUGUUAGUGAUUCAACCUUCAACGUAGUCGCAUAUGCUACUGGAGACAAAUACUCUCUGGUAGUACUCAACAGUGGUGGCUCAUCACAAAAGAGCAUUUCCUUCCAAGGGAAGCAGGCGACGUUCACUUUUCCCACUGGCCUAACAACAUUAUCGUGGACUGGAUCCAACACUUCAACGAAACGAAUGAUAAAGAAGAGAAGAAUAGGUGCAUAAAUAUUGAGCGAAUACUUUGAUUUCCUUUGUUCCUCUUGAUGGGGUAUUCAUGUCUUCCCUUGACGGGAUAUUUAUUUUUAUUCACGCAUAAUGACAAUGCUGGUCAACGAUCUUCAUCC